UGGACGAAAUCAAAUAAUCACUUGAACUCCCGAGAAAGCUUGAGUGGACUACUGGCUCAACCCUUCCAGAGGCUAACCCGAUAUGGCAUCCUCAUUAGGCGAAUUAAAGAAUCUACCACUGAUGAAUAUGACAUCUCAGCCCUGACGGAAAUGCUGGCAGCAGUGGAAGAUUUCGUGAAGGAGGUUGAUGUUAAUCAGCCAGAGCAGGAGUCUAGGACAAAACUGAAUGAUUUCAUCCAGCGUAUUCACAAAUACAAUAUCGCUGAUUCCCUCCGAUCUGAUUUUAACACGGAGUUGCCCCCGGCGAUGGCGGACAUUGGGACUAUUCUGCGUCAGCCAAUGAGGAUUAAGGGACGCUCGCGCACGCGGAAACCAAUUGCCGAAGUCCAUGCCAAGGUCAAGUAUGUAGGAGGAAAGAUCUCCGAUGCUCUCUGUGUGCUUCUUUCCGACAUGAUCCUUAUUUGCAAGCACACCGGCUUAAGGAGGCGCAUAUGCGUCCACCGCCCUCCAAUUCUCCUCAGUCGCUUGACAAUCCAGCAGAAGAGGGAUGAUCCGACUUCCUUCAUUGGAUUUGUAAUUAACGAUCUCAAUUUGGUUGUGGACGCCUAUCUAUUUUCGAGUGAUGGGAGAGACCUCGAGAUGUGGAUUUCUCGUGUUCAGCAACAAAAGGCCGAAAUAGUCACAGUGCAGCAGUCGAAUCCAGUGCACCGAGAUUCCCUCAACGGGUUCUGGCAACACCGCUCCAAUACACUGAAUUCACUAGAUGGCCUGCCUCCGCGUAAGAACGAGUACCUCCGUAUGACCUCCUACGACUUUAAUCCGCACAUUGCAUACCGCAGUACAAAGCGCCGUAACGAGGCUCCACAACGUCCACGCCUCUCUGACUCUUUUUCCACCUCUAUCAGCGUCAUCGGACGCUCGCAGCAACUAGUAGAUAGUCCCGCUUGCCGUUCCGCCAACUGGCGUCUCGGUGCCCCUGCAGCACCAUCGGAGGGAGAGUAUACUCUAACAGAACGGUCGAGGAAUGGUAGCAGCGGCAUGGUUUCUAAAAGCACUAGCAGUGUCUCAGAUUCUUCUACCUCCUCCUCUUCCACCAACACGACUACGAAUACUACAACAUCGAUGUCGGAAGGGUCCCAGGACUCCACGAGAUCCUCUUCCCCCGCCGCAGUCACUCCCAAGGUCAAACAUUCUUUAAGGAGAAUAGUGGAUCUUGGUACUACCGAGCUUGUGAAAACAGAUUCCAUUGACAAGCGGUUGACACGGUGA